AUGGCUUACGUCACGGCCAUUACCAACCUUCGCUGGGAGAAUGUCACCAUCAGAGAUUCACCUGUCCUCUGCGACAUCAGCACCGGUCGCCUUCACCCCUUUGUACCUACCACAUUUCGGAGGGACAUCUUCGACCUCAUCCAUGGAUUGGGUCACCCAUCCAUCUGCAGCACCACCAAGCUUGUUGCAGAGAAGUUUGUGGCACUCCAUGAAGAGAGAUUUCAGAGACUAGGUAAGGAGCUGCAAGCAGUGCAAGCGCAGCAAGAUUCAUCACCACACCAAGCCACCUAUCCACGACCUGCCCCAGCCCACAUGACGUUUUGGUCAUAUCCAUGUGGACGUUGUCGGACCUCUCCCACCGUCACUGACCACUUUACCCACUGGCCCAAGGCUACGUCCAUGGAGGAUGCAAUCACCAGUUCCUGCUUGGCUCCUGGAUUGCUUGUUUUGGCUAAUGGCCUUAUCAAGAGAUGGCAUCAAUCCCUCAAGACAGCCCUCACCGCCCGCUGCACCACAGCCACAUGGACUUUGCAGCUCCCCUGGGUGCUUCAUGGGCUCAGGACAGCUCCUAUGGAGGAUCUCACCCAUUCUGCAGCUGAGAUGGUAUAUGGUCAGCUCCUUAUGCCCAGAGAAUAUUUCCCCAGCAACGGCUCGAGCAACACCCGGCAAUUUGCUCCCAGCAGACCCACCCAUCGCUCUCAUCGCCUGUCCUACACCUCACCAAGACUGGACGUGGCUGAUUUCAUCUUUCUCUGCGAUGAUGCCACUGCCAGCCGCUAUCCUUCCCUUACAAAGCUACAGCUUGAUAGACGGAUUGACUGUGUCAUCAUGGAGUACCUUAAACCAACAUACAUGAGUGCACUGGACCAUGAUGAUGCCACUUACGUGAGACCUGGACGCCAUUCUCUCCCCCACAGGAUCUUCAACCUGUAA